CGAGCUGCAUUAAAUGAAAACAACGUUCCGUUUUGAAAAAAAACUUUUUGCAAAGUGUUUCGAGACAGGCAGACGCAUGCCUCGGCUCCUCUCCUCAUUGUACGACAGUUACAUCAAGCCUUAUUUUUCCUCUGGCCUGGAAAGACCAGACAGAAGCCACAAAAAUAAGAUCCUCGAGGCUGGUCGACUGAUCCGGAAUACGCUGCUGCCCGUGGCGGUGAGAGCAGGCGCAGCUCGGGACAUCGGGAUAUUAAGUUACACAGGAGGUUAUGAACAUGCAGCUCAAGCAGCAGACAACUACAUGGCAAGCAUGAUGGAGCUCCUGAAAACACCAGGCCUUAUGGAUCAGCACGUCAUUCAACUUCUUGAAGGCCUCAGUGCAAUCUGCUAUCUCCACAUCGCCAACCAAAACAAAGCACAAGCACUUGGGCUCCCAGACACCCUGCUCGAGUUUGUAGCUCCAACCAGCAAACUCUCCUUUACAUCACAGCGCUGGAGCUGCUACCUUCUCAACAUCCUCUGUUGCCACAAUAUCCCAAUCAUCUGCCACCUCAAGGACUCAGAGGCCCUGCAGUCCAAUCUGGAGAAACUGGCGAGUCUGGACUGGGAGAAAUGGCCAUUAAACUACGCUCAGGAGCUUAUCAGGGCUUUAGGAUUCCAGCAGAGCUCAAUGAAAGAUGCUUUGCAUGAGGAAGAUGAGCUGAAGGGCCACACUUCCACUAAGAGUGGUCACAUGUUAGGCAAAUCAUUAAAAAGCAGGUGUACAAAAUAUGAGUUUAUUUCCAUUGUAUGCAUUCAAUUUUAUAUAUGUACACUGGCAGUGAACAUGCACAUUAACUACAGGUACUGAAAUAAAAAUUAAAUCAAGCUAGUUUACAGCAAAGGUAAAAAGUAUUAAAACAAAAAGGUGCAAAUCGGUUCUCAACAGCAAAGAAAUGUUCAAAUAAAACCAGACAGGUUCAUAAAGGCUUUUUUCAGUUGGCAUAAUUUCAGCUUUCUUCUGUUGCGGAAUUAUCCUUAUGUGGCACAUUAUGGUCAUGUGACGGUUCGGUCCCAUGUUCAACACUGUCCUGGCUCUCAUCUGCUUCGCUCUCAUCCCCAUGUUGUUCCUCAUCUUCCUCU